CGAGUUGUGGUUUAGUUAGACCGCGUGGGCAUUGCGUCUCGGAAACGUGGAUAGUCCGAGGUCGAGCCUCCGUGGAGCGCAUUCCACAGCUUGCUGUCCCGUUGCAAGACGCGCUUUAUUUCGCCCUUGCUGCCGAGAGUCACUCCACGUGAUGCCCGAUUCCGGGCCGGAGAGUGCAAGGGGUGCCUAUCGCUCGCCGCUGCCGCUGGAGCUGAACUGGUGAGCGCGGCCAGCAGGUGGGUGCAGCAAAUGCGGCGCACAUGCAGCCGCAGCCGCCGACCGCCGCACGCCCGGCGAUGCCGAACAAGUCGCGCACGUACAACCAGAAGGCGCUUGCCGAAAUCCGCAACUCGUUGCUGCCGUUCGCCAACACGGGCGAAAAGAACUGCAACUCGAGUUCGGCCUCCACCAUCAGCGGCUUCAGCUUCACCUCAGGCGUCUCGUCCGCAAGCUCCAGCAAUGAGCAGUUUUCCUACCUCGUCAGUCUCGGACACCAUGAGGAUAAUGUGCACCGAGCGCUCAAGCAGUCGAACGGCCGCCUGGAGAACGCGCUGGAGCUGCUGGGUGAAACGCGGUACAAACUCAUGCGGAAGCCGAGCAUGGACAGCCACCGCGGCAGCCCAGCCGUGGACAGCGGCGCUGGCAGCUCUCGCUCGGACAGCCCGCGCCUCGUGAUCCCCUUCUCGGAGCCCGGCGGCAACCACUCGCCGCUCGGGGGCGGAGGCGGCGGCGGCCGCCAGUACUCGCCCGUGGAGGCGGGGGCGUCACAGCCGCCUCCACCCGUGCCGCCGCCGCGGUGCGUGUCGUCGAGUCCGCCUCCUGUGCCGCCGCCGCCGGACUACCGAAACCAGCUGCACAUGAAACGCGCCUCGCCGCGCGGUGCCAGCCCGGUGUCCCUCGCCCAGCAGAUGGCCUACGGCCUCCACAUCAACGGCGGCGGCGGCGGAAACUCGUCGCCCAGUCCAGGAUUUUCGUCAUCAAAGCCCCCUCCGCCGUACCAGUCAGCUGUGCGCAGCAGUCCAACGGCGGCAGUGCCCGGGGGCGGAGGGCAGCAGGCGGUGGCGCGUCCGAUGGCGGCGUGGGGCGCGGCGCGGCAGGCCACCACGCCGAUCAUCAUGCAAUCCGUCAAGUCGACGCAGGUGCAGAAGCCGGUGCUGCAGACGGCGACGGCGCCUCCCCCGCCGUCGUACGCUCUACGCCCCCAGCAGCAGCCGCCUCCGACGCCGCCCCCGUACCCGAAGACGCCGACCACGGAGCCGCCGAGCUACGCGAUCACGAUGCAGGCGCUGGCCGCCCAGCGCCACCCGCCCCCGCCCACCCCCGCCACCACUGACUCGCCGGCCACAGCCCCACGGCCAAGCCCCCGCGAGCAGCCGCCCCUCGCGGCCGCGGCCCUACCCCCAAGGGACGCGGCGGCAAGGGAUAACUCGAGGGAGAAGUACGACCACGAGUCGCCUAUUCCCGAGAGGAAACGCAUGAGUAAAGAGAAAGAGGAGGAACGCCGCACCAGCAAAGUCAACUCACCUCAAUACCGACCUGCAUUCGUUGGAGCAUUUUUUCCAAAGGUUUUGCAAAGAUACUACUCGCCGCAGGCGUUCAAGUUCUACAUGGAGCAGCACAUAGAAAACGUGAUGAAGUCGUACCAGGAGCGGCUGCUGCGGCGGCGGCAGCUCGAGACGGAAAUGUCCAAGGUGGGACUCAAGUCGGAGGACCAGAACAGUAUGCGCAAGCUGCUCUACCAGAAGGAGUCCAACUACAUCCGGCUGAAGCGUGCCAAAAUGGACAAGUCCAUGUUCACCAAGAUCAAGGUGAUUGGACGCGGAGCGUUUGGCGAGGUGGCGCUCGUGCGCAAGAUCGACGCCAAGCACCUCUACGCAAUGAAGACGCUGCGCAAGACGGUCGUCCUCGAACGCAACCAGGUCGCCCACGUCAAGGCUGAGCGAGACAUCCUCGCCGAGGCGGACAAUGAGUGGGUCGUCAAGCUCUAUUACAGCUUCCAGGACAAGGAAAACCUCUACUUUGUUAUGGACUACAUUGCCGGGGGAGACCUAAUGUCGCUGCUCAUCAAGAAAGGCAUCUUUGAGGAAAAGCUCGCAAGAUUUUACAUUGCUGAGCUGACGUGCGCGGUGGAGAGCGUGCACAAAAUGGGUUUCAUCCACCGAGACAUCAAGCCGGACAACAUCCUCAUCGACAAGGACGGCCACAUCAAGCUGACCGACUUUGGCCUCUGCACCGGCUUCCGCUGGACGCACAACUCGAAAUACUACCAGAGAAACGGAGAGCACGGUCGGCAGGACUCGAUGGACCACGCCGAGGGCUGGAGCAACGAGUGUCGGUGCACGCCGCUGAAGCCGCUGGAACGGCGGCGGAAGCGCGACCACCAGCGCUGCUUGGCGCACUCGCUCGUCGGCACGCCCAACUACAUCGCGCCCGAGGUGCUGCUCAGGCAGGGCUACACGCAACUCUGCGACUGGUGGAGUGUCGGCGUUAUCCUCUACGAGAUGCUCGUCGGCCAGCCGCCCUUCCUCGCCAACACGCCCGAGCAGACGCAGUACAAGGUGAUUCACUGGAAGGAGACGCUGCUCAUCCCUGAAGCGGCGCAGCUGUCGCCGGAGGCGAGCGACCUGAUUCUAAAGCUGUGCACGUCGCCGGAGAUACGGCUGGGGAAGAACGCGAGCGAGGUGAAGGCGCAUCCCUACUUCCGCGGCAUCGAGUUCAACAAGGACUUCCGGUCGCAGCAGGCGCCGUUCGUGCCUCAUCUGGACAAUCCGGCGGACACGUCCAACUUUGACGAGAUCGACACGGACAACAAGAUGCGCAGCAGCUGCGGCGGCGGCUCGAGCGACUCGGACGCCGACCUCAGCAAGCCCUUCCACGGCUUCUUCGAGUUCACCUUCCGGCGCUUCUUCGACGACGGCGGCGCCGGCCUCGCCUACCCCCGCCUCCCGCCCCUCAAGCCGUCGCCCGACCCCGACGAGCAGCAGCAGUCCCAGCAGCAACAGUCCCAGCCGCAGGGCCCCGUCUACGUGUGACGCUCGGGCGGGGGCCGUUGCCCCUGGGCCGCCCCCGCCAGCCCCGCCCCCGACUAGUCUCUCCAGGGUUGCGACCUGAAUGCCACACCAAAGUGUUUCACGGAACUGCCUUUUUAAUUUCUCGACAAAGAGAUAUUUAUUUUUAUGAAGAAAUAUUCAGAUGGGCGCAAGACAAUAAUAAAAUCUAGAACCGCGGAAUAGAUUUUUUCGUGCUUUUCGAAGCAAAAAUAAUUGCUUCUGGAAAUUUUUAGGAGAUUUUUCGCAUGAUUAAUGGGGAGUGACAUGAUUUUCAUUGCACUUACCCCUUUUUAUUUACAAAAAAUCCUUGGUUUACAAUCUGACCUAAUUAUUAAGCAAGAUAAUGACAAAAUUUUAAAAAGAAAACAUCCUAAUUUGGUUUUUUCGUAAUGAUUUUUUUUAAAUUGCCUCGAUCCCGAGAAAAAUCAAUUAAACGGUAAUUAAUUUAAUUAGAAUCAGGACAUUUUCAGCACUUUUGAUUGAUUUGUCUCGUCAAAGAAGGUAAAACUGGCCAAACGGUUGGCAAAAAUUCAAUUUUUCUGCUUGGGAAUCCCCACAGUGCGUCAGGCUGUGUAGAAUGAUUCUUAAUCAGAAAGAACCACAGGUACAAUAAUAAUCAUGCGACAUCUCCAGUCCAAAGCCUCUGAUUUAGUUGCCCAUUGAAAUAUAGAAAACUCCAUAAAUAAAAUAAAUUGAUAUAUAUUCAUCACAAAAAAGUGAAAACUUUAUUUGGGUGGUAGGAAAUCGCAACCCUGAGUCUCUCUCUCUGCGCCGCCGCCACCGCCGCCGCCUCCGUCCGGAAAGACUCGUUCGUUUCGCUCUCACUGUGAUUCUCUCGAUGGAUUUGUUGUUGUUCUCGUUGUUGUUGUUCGACGUUCAGCCGCCGCCACCGCCGCUAGCGACACUACUUUUUAUUUGCCAUGCAAAUUGCGUUAGGUUUAAGUGACUUCACCCUCCCUCCCACCCUCCCUCCAGACAGCUUGUACUUGGUCCGAAAUAGAAAGGGGCGUGUCGAAAAAAAAGGAAUUUCUAAGGAUUUUUUCUAGAAAAUGUUUUAAAUUAAUGUUUAAAUGUUUUAGUCAACAUCUUUGUUGAGAUGAGUCGAUCGAUUUAUUUUUCAUAUUUUGAGGAAAAUAAAACAAGCUUUACAAGGUUGAUGAGACUUUAAAAAAAAAUUGUAAAAGGAUUUUAAAGAAAAAAAACUAUGUCUUGGAUAAGGCUGUGAUUUUUUGACGAUUUUCUUUUUCUUUCCGAGCUUCUAGUCGUUGCUGUUGGACAAAAAUGUGAUAUUUUUCAAUAAACGUGCAAAAUUGUGACAGAAUAAAAAUGGCCGACUAGUGUGCCGAAAAAUCCGUCCAAAAAUAACAGCCCUAUUACCUAUUAACUUAUUCGCAAUUCGUUAUUGUUUGGUUUUUUAAUUUGUUUUUAUUUAAAAUUAAUUUAUUACAAAAAAAUCAGGCCACAUUUUAGAAUCGAUCGAUUUAUUUUUGACAUUCUAAAAUUUUCUCAUAAAAAAUUAAAUUAAUAAAGAAUCCCGCAAUCUCUUCGGACAAAGUGCUGCGAGCCCCGGUCCCCACUCGGCAUUGUUUUGGUCGAAUAUAUCGCUCUCUCAAAGAAAAAAAAUAUAUAUAAAUCAUAGGAAACAAACUCUCGAGUGCGAUGGCUAAAAAGCUACUUCUUCUGGUUAAGCUGCAAAAUGUUCUUGUAGUCGUCGAUGAUUCUGUCCGCCCUGAAAUGAAACACAGACGCUGCUUUUUACCCAAGCUCUCGGAAUCGGAAAUCGGCAAUCUUGAAGGCUGUGAGUUGGCAAGAAAUAUUUUGUUAAAUUUUGAACGCGACGACAGAUUUUUGCGUGUGCGUGCUUGCGUGUGAACAAAACAAUCAUUGUUGCGACUGUGCGACCGAUUGGGUACCUGAAUGUGUUUGCAAAUUUAACUUGAUUACGCGUCACGUGUUGAAAACUACUUCUAAAAAAUACGAUACGUCUACAUUAUUCACUGGAUUUUUACCAGUUAACAAAAUAAAAUGCAAAGCUUAA